AUGUCACAACUAUCUGGGUUGCAACUCCCAGCGACUUCUUUGGGCCUAUUCGCGCCCAACCCAGGCGGUGGUUCAUGGGUGGCGACCAGCCUUCUCGACCUUCUUUCUACUAUUGCGCCUAUGUAUCCCGUACUCUUCUGCCGCUCGCUUGGUGCUCGGACUACUGUAGGAUUGGCAGAGACUAACGGAUUUCAUGGCCUGAUUUUCUAUUCUGCCCCCGCUACUAAGGAACGGCUGAAGUGGUCCCCAAUGCUGUUAGGACUCAACAGGAGAAUGCCUAGGGCUUGA